CUGCGUCAGAUCAUAAGCUGAAAUAAGAAAAACAAAUUGAAGGGAAAAGAAAUAAGCGCGUGUUUUAAAACAAAAACAGUUUAUUUAGUUUAAAUAAACGUGGUGUUAAAUAUAUGUGUAAUAUUAAUCUAAAGGACGUAAAAGGUAAGUAUUAAAUUUGUUAACUAAAAGAUGCUCCAUUGAAAUGCUACAUUGCGCAUAAACGAAGUUUCUAUUUAUUUACAGCUUAAACUAAGAUGCCGUUCUCUGUAGUUCAAACACAUGGGCCUAAAGGAUACGGUGAAUUGUGCAUCGUUCCUGAUUCUUGGGUCCAGGGAACAAGCAGUAACAAAACGUAUCUGUUGUGGCCAAACGUCAAAGGAAAUAUUAACCGUUUAGUCAUGAAUGAGAGCUGUGUUCCGGGAGAAGGGUGGACGAGGCAACAGUGUUGGGUCAAGCGACAAGGAUUAACGUAUGAGGAUGCUGAUUCAACAAUAAUGAUUAUGUCCGGUGAAUCGUCUACAGACUCUGGAAUGGCACCCACACUAUCGAUCACGAGGAAACCAGCAUCGUAUGCUGACAUGUUUUCACAAAGAGUGGUGGAAAACUCUAUGAAACCAACUCGCAGCGAGAGUCAAGUAAACAUUAAUGAGGUUGAGGUUAGUGAUGAAAAUCCGGUACGAAAUAUUGAGAUGCCUGAAGGAUGCCGUGAUUGUUCAUCAGUAAAAGCAUUACUAGAAGCUCAAACUAAAUUAAUAUUAGACAUUCGUGCUGAACAAAAACAUGAACAUGAGCAGGUUUUAAAGGAGUACAAAAAAGUAUGGAAUCGCAUGGGCAUUAUUGAAGUGCAACUAAACACUUUACUUAACCAUACCGAAGUAGGGUUUAAUGAUCUAACUUGCUUAGAUCAUCCCUUUAUAACAACCGUUGAAGAGAUGGAGAAAUUUGAAAAAGAUUUAGAAGAAGAAGAGUAUUUUUUGCAAAUAUCCAAUUUAUUAAAACAAAAACUAACCGACAAAGAUGUAAAUAAUAGAAUGUUAGCAACUCUUGAUGCUCUUUUCCAGAGGAUUUUUCUUACACAAUGCACAUGGACAGGGAUUUCAAAAACAGGCAACAAAAUUGCUAUGCACACAUAUAGAAACAUUUUAAAACUGUUUCAAUGUAUAGGAAGUACAAACGUAGUAAUGGCAACAGACGAAAUGGUUAAACUAUUUUUCAUGAAAAUAUUAAAACACGCUGCAGAGCGAUCUAUGGCAAAAGGCAUUCGCAAGUCAACAUGCCGAAAAAGAAAAUUGAUAUAGUACAUAGUUUCAUUUGCAUGAAUUCAUUAUGGCUUACACUAUUAUGUAAUUAGUUUUAUUUUCAUGAAUUCACUAUAGCUUAUAUGUACUAUUAUCUAGUAAUAUUUAUUUUCAUGAAUUCACUAUAGUUUAUACGUACUAUUAUCUAGUAAUAAUUAUUUUCAUGAAUUCACUAUAGUUUAUAUGUACUAUUAUCUAGUAAUAUUUAUUUUCAUGAAUUCACUAUAGUUUAUAUGUACUAUUAUCUAGUAAUAUUAAUUUUCAUGCACUUUUAAAUAAAGAAAUUAAUUCAUUAUUACCUUAUAAAA